CAGGCUAAAGAUAAACUCAGAGUUCAUAUAUACUCGACUGUUCACCCACUGACAGACAUGAAGACUAACAGCUGUGUUCUGUGGGACCUCAUGAUGUUGUGUUGGUUAGUUAAGACUCUGACUAUUGUGGUACUUGUAGCCGGAUCGAAUGCUGUACUUUGGUCUUCGUCCCCUCACAGCAUCUUGGCAUGCGACGGACAUGAAGUGACAAUCCCAUGGUCCUUCACGUUGAUACCCAACGAGACUGUCAUUAGCAUCACGUGGUUUGUAGAGAGAAAUGAUGGGACGAAGAACCUUUUCUCCAGCCUCACCGAGGGCGAGUUUUUCUCACCGUCCAGGCAGCACGUGCAGUUCGUGCCCAACGCCGGUCUUCGGUUGCAGAAUGUGACGGACAGCGACACAGGGGUGUACUCUGUACACGUCAGCACGCUUGACGGCGCUGGUCACGUGACCAUUAGCAACCGUUCGGCUGCAGUGCAAGUAACGGCGCCCCCAGUUCUGUCUGGGGGUCAGUUCCUAGCUCGACAUCGCUCAGCGCCAGAGAAAGAUGACGUCACGGGGGUUUGGCACGUGAUCCUGGAAUGUGGACAGUUCACAGACCGGGGUCGACCGCCGGUCACCGUCCAAUGGAGGACGCCAUCAGGAGCUGUUUAUACAGACGUCAACUACCAGGACGGUUAUUUUUACCUCCCUCUGCAAGCUGUGGAGUUAGGGAACUACACUUGCUCUGCGUCAGACGAGAGUCUAGCAGGAGGAUGUCUUGGCACUGAUUCUGAACUACUAGGGGAGGCCACUGUUAGUGUAGACCAGAACGUGAAACUAGCAGUGAUGGAGGCCAAUCAAAAUGAGUUGAUUAGAGAGGGACAGAUUCUGCGACAGGAGAACCAGGAGUUGAAAUCCCAGGUCCAGAACCUCACCCAAAGGCUGAACCAGCUUGCAUCUUAUCACCAAGCCACGUGUCUGGAUAUAAGAAAUCGUGGAGAUGUGUCCGGCGUGUACACUCUUUACCAAGGCAAUUCGACAAUAACGGCUUACUGCGAUCAGGACACUGAUGGAGGAGGCUGGACUGUUUUCCAGCGACGACAGGACGGCUCGGUUGAUUUCUUUCGAAACUGGACAGACUACCGAAACGGCUUUGGUGAUUUGAACGGGGAGUUCUGGCUGGGUCUGGACAACCUACACACUCUCACAUCAUUGAGACACUACGAGCUGCGGGUGGACCUCGAAGCGUUUAACGGAACUCGGGCGUUUGCAGGUUACCGGGGUUUCAGGAUUGGGGAUGUUGGCACCAAUUAUACCUUGUACUUUGAUGAUUUUCUGGGCGGAAACGCAGGUGACAGUCUGACAUACCACAAAGGACACGGGUUCAUGACCAAGGACUAUGGAGACUCACACAGGUGCGCCGGAGAUUACCAUGGAGCCUGGUGGUAUGAUAAUUGUUUCGACUCUAACCUCAAUGGCAUCUACAUACCAACAGGCGUAUCGCCAACAUAUGAUGGAAUCAAGUGGAGCAGUUUUACAAAUGUUUCGCUGAAACGGACAGAAAUGAAAAUACGACCUAUGUAGAGAAAAGUUUCUUGGUCAUACUUUGCCAUCGGUUUUGUUAUUAAAACUGA